AUGCCCAUGACCCUGGGGUAGUGGGACAUCUGAGGGCUGGCCCACGCCAUCCGCCUGCUCCUGGAAUACACAGACUCAAGCUAUGAGGAAAAGAAGUACUCUAGGGGGCAUGCCCCAUCAUGGAAAAGAGUGCAGUGGGUGGCCCAACUGCGCUUCCCCGGUUUCCCAUUCAUCCAGCUGCCCUACUUGAUUGAUGGGACUCACAAGAUCACCCAGAGCAACGCCAUCAUGCGCUACAUUGCCCGCAAGCACAACCUGUGUGGGGAGACAGAAGAGGAGAAGAUUCAUGUGGACAUUUUGGAGAACCAGCUUAUGGACAACCGCAUGGAGCUGGCCAGACUCUGCUUUGACCCAAAUUUUGAGAAACUGAAGCCAAAAUACUUGGAGGAACUCCCUGAAAAGCUAAAGCUCUACUCACAGUUUCUGGGGAAGCGGCCAUGGUUUACAGGAGACAAGAUCACCUUUGUGGAUUUCCUCGCCUAUGAUGUCCUUGACGUGAAGCGUAUAUUUGAGCCCAGCUGCCUGGACGCCUUCCCAAACCUGAAGGACUUCAUCUCCCGCUUUGAGGUGAUGCCCCCAUCCUCCUUUCUCUUUGAUGCCCCUUGUUCCAUUCCCUCCUUUGAGACGCUUUCCCAGUCCUGGAGCUACACAAAGAAUAACUUGCAUUUAUUGAGUGCUGGCUUUAUGCCAGGAACUGUGCCCAGCACAUUA